CGGGCCUAGGGGGAGCGGGUGUUACCGUCAACUUCAGCUUGGCCUGGGAGGCCGGCUUGGACCUGCCGCAUCUCGGGACAGCUACAGGCUGUCAGCUGGGACGUCUGUAAGCGAAGCCCAGCCGGGGCGCUCGGGCCGCCCUCGUCCCUUUCCAGACCGGAAAACCCUUACCCCGUACACUCCCCAAGGGGAAAAACCCUACGUUAUAUUUCUUUACAUCUGGCACUCCAGUCUUGGAGGUAGAAUAGAGGGUUCUUCCUCAGGGUCUGGCUUUGGAUCGCACACUUCAGUACCUCACAAGCAGCUUGUUUUCAUUUUGGGAAGAGCUGAGGUCUAACUGAUGCACUUUCCAGAACAACGCCAAGCCAUUCCCACGUUGGGACACAGCUGCGUUUACACUUCCGCACCUUUCUCCCGAGUCUGUACUUCCAUGUUCUUCACCUGACACUUAAAAUAGCCUCGUAUAAGAAUUUUUUAAAAUCCGAUUCUGGACCCUCCUUUUUCAGAGAUUCUUAGGCCUUUUUAAGAGAUUUGGAAACCAUAACAGUUUCCCAAAGUUUUAUUCGUAGCAAUGCAGUUCGCAUGUCCAACCUGAAUCCUAGUCCAGGGCUGUGCCAACUAAAUAUGCUUUUAGGUAUGCAAAGAAGCUUUUUCAUCCAGAUGUCCUUAGUGAUAAUAUGGAUCAGUCUGGAGUUCUCCUCUGGGUAAAAGCAGAACCCUUUAUAGUGGGUGCCUUGCAGAUCCCCCCUCCAUCCAAGUUCAGUCUUCAUUAUCUCAAGAAGAUAGCCACCUAUGUGCGAACCCGUGCUAUAGAGAGAGCUUACCCACGCAUGUACUGGUCUACAUGGAGGCAUAUUGCAUGUGGGAAGCUGCAGUUGGCCAAGGAUGUGGCAUGGCUUUACUUCGAAAUAUUUGAUAGUCUUUCGAUGAGGUCGCCUGAGGAGCGCCUGGAGUGGUCUGAGAUUCUGUCUAACUGCAUAUCUGAGAAUGAAAUCGAAAAGCAGAGAAAUCAGGUUUCAGUGGACACCCUACAGUUUCUGCUCUUCCUGUACAUACAGCAGUUAAAUAGGGUCUCCCUGAGGACAUCUCUGAUUGGAGAAGAGUGGCCAAGUCCGAGAAACAGAUCUCAGCCUCCUGACCCAUCUGAAAAGUCCAAGUGCCAUCAUAAGAACUGGAAUGAUUACAGUCAUCAGGCUUUUGUCUGUGACCAUCUGUCAGAUCUCCUUGAGCUGCUUUUAGAUCCAGAACAACUCAGUGCAUCAUUUCAUUCGACCCCUAGUAGUUCAGUCUCUCGAGAAGCUGUUGUGGCGCUCAGCUUUCUUAUUGAAGGCACAGUGAGUAGAGCCGGAAGGAUCUAUCCACUCCACGAACUUGCACUGUGGCAACCACUACAUGUAGACAGUGGCUUCUCAAAGAUCUCUAAGACUUUCUCUUUCUACAAGCUGGAAGCCUGGUUGAGAGCCCAUUUGACUGGGAAUCCAUAUGGUACAUCUGCUUGCUUCAAGUCAGGAAAGAAAUUGGCUUGGGCUCACCAAGUUGAAGGUACGACCAAAAGGGCUAAGAUUGCUUGUAAUACUCAUGUGGCCCCUGGGGUGCACCGAAUGGUGGUGAUGAGCCAGGUUUGCAAGCAGACGUUGGCCAAGAGCUCAGAUACUCUGGUGGGGGCGCAUGUCAGGAUUCAUCGUUGCAGUGAAUCUUUUAUAUAUCUGCUCUCUCCCUUACGAUCUGUGACAAUCGAGAAGUGUAGGAAUAGCACCUUUGUCUUGGGCCCUGUAGAGACUGUUCUUCACCUCCACUCGUGUGACAGUGUUAAAGUUAUUGCAGUUUGCCAUCGUUUGACCAUCUCUUCUACAACAAGUUGCAUCUUUCACGUUUUGACACCUGUGCGCCCACUUAUUCUCUCUGGGAACCAGAGCGUAACUUUUGCUCCAUUUCAUACCCAUUACCCAAUGCUAGAGGACCAUAUGGCCAGGACAGGCCUUGCUACAGUGCCUAACUAUUGGGAUAAUCCAAUGGUCAUCUGCAGAGACAACAGUGACUCAAAUGUCUUCCAGCUCUUACCCCCCUGUGACUUCUAUGUAUUUAUUAUUCCUUUUGAAAUGGAAGGGGACACAACAGAGAUACCUGGGGGUCUUCCACCUGCAUAUCAGAAGGCACUGAAUCAAAGAGAAGAGAAUAUCCAGAUCUGGCAGAAAACUGUGAAGGAAGCUCAUUUGACAAAGGAUCAAAGGAAACAGUUCCAGGUACUUGUGGAGAACAAGUUUUAUGAAUGGUUGGUUAAUACAGGACAUCGCCAACAGUUGGACAGUCUUGUACCCGCUGCCAUCGGCUCCAAACAAGCAGCAGGAUAGGACUCCUACAUCAGAUCACUGGAUCCUGGACACACAGGAUGCGUGGAGGAUGGUGCCCAUUUAAAACUGCACUGGGAAGGCACGCCUACUGCUCAAGAGACCUGGGAACUUGUUGUGUAUAAGACCGUCUGUUAGUUUCCAUUCUACACUUAACUACUGUUUAGGUUGGGUUUAAGCUAAACUUCUGACUUUCAUGUAAACAUAUGGUUGAUACAACAAUGGAAGAUUCAUAUUUGUGAGGCAGGAAUGAAAGGUUGAUGAAGGCAGCCCCAGUAUUUAUUUACAUAUAUAUAUAUGUGUGCCAAUAUUUAAAUGUUUAUAGCCAGGCGUGGUGGCACAUGCCUGUAAUCCCAGCACUUGGGAGGCUGAGGCAACAGGAUCGCUGUGAGUUUGUGGCCAGCCUGGGCUACAUAGUGAGAUGAGACCUUGUCUCAGAAAAGCCAAAAAAAAACAAAAAACAUUGUAGAUUUGCAAUUUUACUUCAUAUUUUAACAUGUAUGAUAGAAGAGUUUCAUUCUUUCUGGAGUUGAAGAGUUUUGUAGUUCUUUAUAACUAUUUAAAAGGAAAUUGUUACUCCUUUUAAGAAAUAAUUGGAAAAAAAGUAUGAUUUGUUGAUACAUAAAUAUAGCAAAAAUAGUUUUAUAUAAGGGUAUAUUUGUUCUUAAGGUAUGAAACUUAAUGAACUUGUGUAGAAAUUUUUAUUUUUCAUUUUCUGCUUUAAAUUUCCAAUAAACCAACUCUAAAAAGUAAUUUUCUGCUUCUGCUAACAAAGAUAAAGCUCUAUUUUUAACUUAGGAAAAGUUUCUAAUGUCAUUGUGACAUACUGAAGUAAAGUUUAUAUUUGAUUAGAAAACUGUUUAUUAAGAUAAAACAAUUUCAAAUUGGUAAAGUGAAUCUGAUUGUUAAUAAACAUUAUUUCAUAUGAUUACUAGCCAUUUAAUUAGUAACUAUCAAAAAGGACUGUUCUUAAUUUGUAAAGUGAAAAUCUGCAGAAUGUUAAUUCUAAUUGAAAUUUUUAGAAUUUUUAUUUUAAGAUAAGUUCAAGCAAGCAGAGUAUUAUCAAAUAAAGGGACACUGGAAUAACA